AUGGGUGGUAAAGGAUCGUUAAGGGCAUUGAAGGAAAAGAAUCAACAGGAUAAUGCGCCGACAACAACAAACGCCCAGCUAUUGAGAAUGAAACGGUCUAUGCCUAACAUCGGCGGAAGGGCUACCCCCGGCUCUCCGAAAAAUAACACAGUCAGAUCACCGAGUAGGAAUAGUGGUGGCAGACCAGCGAGUAGGAAUAGUGUAGGACGUCCACCAAGCAGUACCGGAGGUCGGCCACCAUCAAGCACAGGGGGGCGGUCCACUGCCACUGGAAGGAACGAUGUUGGAAGAUCGAAGACGCCUGGUGAAAGGAAACCUGCUCCUUUCUUGCCUGCCGGAAGCACCGUGCGGCAAAGCCAUCAUAUCUCGGCGAAAAUAUCUCAACAAACCUUGGAGUAUAAGGAAAAGAUUGCAGCCGAAAGACGUACCAAUAGCCGCCAUCAACAACGAACCCCACAUCACUCCCCUUCCUCAUCCAUAGCAUCGUCCAAGACAAAAAGAGGCACUCCAACAAUCGCCCCAGAACCGCUGCGAAGACAAGCGGCUGCAAUUGAAACUCUAAGGCAGCCCACACGAAAACGAAAUUUCGGCGAUGGAACGGAAUUGGAGACUUUCGAUGACCUACCAACUAGCGCAAAGGCAGAAAACCGAUUUGUAGUGACGCCUGUUGGCCGAGGGGCACCCAAAGCGACAAAGUCACAAAGCGUGCCAAUCACCCGUGCAUCCGGAAAAGACGCAGGUAAAGAUGGGGAGAGCCCAGCAAAAAGGAUUGACCUAUCGAGGGAUCUCUCGAGCCGUUUUGCUGAGGUCCCAAGAUUUGCCAGGGAUACAAGUGCAUCACGAAACGCCAGAGAGCAAAGGAUGGGGAUUACAAAUACCGGCGCCGGCCACACGGGAACAAACCAAUGGAAGCAACAAGUGGCCGCUCGUGGAAAUGCAAGCCCGAAAAACCGUCGAAAGCCGCAGCUGAAACCACAACUCAUCAAACCCAUGGGAAGUAUCAGCAACCCACCUAAAGCAGCCGCAGCGGUUAAUGGCAUGACAUAUAAUUCUAAGACCUUCAAAUGGGAGGGAAACGAAAACGAAGUCAAAGGAUUCGAAACCGAAAAGAUCCCUACGCCCCCACGACCAGCCUUAAUCAGUAACGUCAACCACAGCGGCUCAAAACUAGGAAUUCAAGUGGUUGGAGGGAUGGUGUUCGAUCCUGCGAGUAUGUCUUGGCUCAAGGUGGAUGAAGACCCUGACGAAGAGAAUGACGAUCCUUUCGAAGGAUUUGAUGAUCUGAUGGACCAUGACAUGACAAGUAACGGGUUCAGUGGUGAUGGAGGUGACUCUGCGAUUGGUCCGAUAUUUGGUGGAGGCAGUGCUGGAGGUGGUAGCAGAAGCGGAACGAGGUUGAGUGGCGGUUAUGGCGAAUUCGUUGUUGGGGAAGAGUUCGACGUUGGUCCAGAGUUCGUCCGAAGACAACGUGAAGAGGAGGAUAGAUGGCGCAAGAGGGUUGAUGGGUGGAUCUCAACUGGCGAAGCCACCAAGAUGGAAAACAAAUGGGCCAUCAGAGACUUAUUGGAGAGGUAG